UGCUGAGUGUUACGACCAAGAAAACGUCAUUGCAGGUCCUAACGGAUGCAACAGCAGCACUGACUGCUCCGACAUCUGCAUCCCUACACCUAACAACGGAAGAGCGUGUUUGCAACCGGACUCCACGACAUGUUCCGUUAGUCUGCCAGGUUGUGGGGGUACCUUUACAUCCCCUCUGGAACUAUAACAUCUCCACGAUAUCCUAGGAACUAUACUGGAAACCUGGACUGCACUUAUUACAUCGUGCAGCAAGCAACGCACCGGAUCACUCUCACCUUACAGCAGCUUGGUCUUCGUGAGACUCCUCAGUGUGCUGAUGACUACUUGGAGAUUCUAGACGGCAACAUGUCUACUUCGCCAAUCAUCGAUGUCAGGCUUUGCGGAAACGUAGAGGUUCCACUUGAUCUACGAUCGUCGAAAAAUGCGAUAAGGAUUCGUUUUAAAACGAAUAGCGUUAAUUCAAGCACUGGCUUUAACAUCAGCUACACAGCAGGAAUUAUUCCAAAGUCUUUUCUUUUAAUCGUCGAUUCUGGUGCCGCUAUGUUUCGCUUGGACCCGGAUGUCUUUAGCUACACCAGGCUACCUAUCCAGAACCUGCAAUCUCCUGUUGCCAUUGACUACGACCCUGAAGAGGACCGUGUCUACUGGACCGAUAUUAGGGCAAAGGAAAUACGUUCUGCUUUCCUCAAUGGCACGAACAAUCAGCUUAUCUUUAGCUUACAUCCUGGCGCCUCGUGCGAAGGCCUGGCUAUCGACUAUCUUUCGCGUCUCGUCUUCUACACGGAUAGCGGAAGUGACGUCAUCGGGUCCGUAUCCAUCAGCAACUUAAAGCAGCAGACAGUGAUCAACAGUGACCUCGACCAGCCUGGAGCGAUCGCCCUCCAUCUGACCAAGCGGUUCAUCUUCUGGGCCAGCUCGGGCACCAGUCCAAAACUAGAACGAGCCAACUACGACGGUAGCGAGCGAAGGGCUCUACUCACACUCUCAUCACAGUCCAGACUAGCGGGACUCGCUGUGGACUUAAAAAAUGACUUGUUGUAUUGGGCUGAUGCGGCGCAAGAACGAAUUGAAAGAAUAGAUUUGCAGGGAGGUAACCGCAAACCAAUUUUCCAUCUACCACAGUCGCGGUUCUUUGCAUUGGCUCUCAGUGGUGACUACAUCUUCGUCACGAACUUAAACUCAUCGCUCUCGACUGUGCUUCGUGUAAGAAUAGAUGCUAGUGAAAGCACCUACAAGGGGUGGUCCACAACGAGUACUUUGAAGGGACUGUGCUUUUACAACGAAAGUACACGUCUGCGAGCUGAGAAUCAGACGAACAUCACAAGUUCGAAAACCGGGCUCAUUGCUGGAGUCACUGGUGGAUGUCUUGCCGGACUCGUGAUAGUCAUCAGUGUUGUCGUAUUUGUGAUAAAAAGACGAGCAGGUAAAAGAACUCCCCCUGCCGUUCGUGAACUCCCUCGAGCGCCGGUGGAGUGGAAAUCACGAAGCAGCACGUCCUCUCAGGUACCUCUGGACAAAGCAGUCGACUACGGCAAGGGCGACGGCGACUACGGCGACUACUGCGAACUGGAUGACGUUCAGCGACAGUUCUCUUCAGUACAAAGAUACGUAACUCUCAAUCAGUACCUCACACCUCGGCCUGAUUAUGAAGAACCUCUACCACCACCGCCUCCGUCCUCCAGUGAUCCAAGAAGUUCCCGUCAGGGCUCUACAAAUGUGAAAAUCUAAAAUUUGCCUUUAAAAAGGAACAGUAAAAGGAACCCUAGUAAAAAAAAAGUAAUGGACUUCACCUAUAGACUACAGAAUCCUGUAAUUUCUUUAUUUCUUUGUAAUGCGAUAAGUUCCGUAUGAAUAAUCUAUUUCUGUAAUCCUCGUCUACAUAUGAAACAUUAUUUGGAGGGGGGUGUUCAUGGAAUGCGUGCGUGUGUGCGAGUUUGAGCGCUUCUGGAAUCUGAUUUUUUUAAACAUAUCAGUACAUGAACUCUUUCUCUCCUUUCUUCUCUCUCUCUCUCUCAACUGUGGCCAGUUGAUAUGAUGGCAUGAUAAGAUGCAGCAAAAUUGUCGCAGAGCGGUGACAUGAGACUGAAAAGCCAGCGCAGCGAGGGUAGGCGAGCCGCACCUGUCACAGAUUUCUUUUAGAAAGUGAGAAAGAAAGGGGAAGACUAUUUAAUUAACUGUCGCCGGCCAAUGCUUGACUUCCCAAGGAGACGCGGCAAGUGGAGGGACCCUACGUGUAGGGUGGGGAGUGAAGGCUGCGUCUUCUUAGAAAGGCGCAGUCUACGGGGCUGGGAGAUGGGCCAUGGAGUGGAGGGCCGGGAGAUGGGCCGUAAGUGUUUGGGCCUGGCAGAUGCCAUGGAGUACUUGAAGAGUUUUGUUGUUGUGUUUUUGAGUUAGUUGGAGUUGUUUGUUCCUUGAUGUUACUCAACCACCACUUCUGUUUGCCUUGUCGACGUCCUCCAUCUACACAUCCCUGGAGGUCUGUCUCGAACAAUGUACUGUCGAGCGACAUGCCCGACCCAAACCAGUUUUCACCUCUUGAAAGUGGCAAGUAAGGGUUCCUGAGGACGAGCAGGAUGGAAACCAACUGCGAACGGACUGAUUUGUCUUCUGUUCCCUGUAGAUGUGGUGCAGGCUAUGAAAGCAUUUCAUCUUGAAUGCCUGAGUCUUUUUCGCCGCAUCAGUCAGAAGGAUCAUCGUUUUGCGCCCGUACAGCAAGAUGAGACAGAUCAUGAACGUGCACAGCUUGAGUCUGCUGUGAUUUCUGACGAAAUUCCGCCGAGCAGCUGCCAUCCUUUGAGAGCGACGCUCCUAGGUACCUGAAACUCCAUAGCCCCUCAAGAGGCAUGCCAUUAAACUGAAUCUCUGCUGUUUCUUGUUCAACAAUAUUCAUCACUGUUUUGCUUUUGUCUGUGUUGAUGUUCAACGCACUGCGCUCGAACUGGCUGCGUGUCUAUCGGUGAGUGCAUGCAACUCACCAUUGCUGCCUGCCAUCGGAUCGAUGUCAUCAGAAAAAAACUGAGUCUGUAUAGCUUGGCUUAGUGGUCUUUCUCCGAUGGACACUGAUGAAUAGGCGUUGAUGCAGCGUAUAUCGCACGAUUCUCUCCAAAUAGAUGUUAAACAUCACCGGGAAUAAAGGACAACCUUGGAGGACUCCCGCUGUCGUAGGAAAGAGCUCUCCCAGGUAGCAGAACAGAGCUCCAAAACUGACCAACACCAACUGGAUGGUUGUACAUAUAUGGGCAUAAAUGUGCGUGUGUGUAUGCGUACCCGUGCUCCUAUGUAUCUACAUAGCAUUUUACACUUUAUUUUGACAAAUAAAAUAAUUUUGUCUAUUAA